AUGUCAAGUGCAGCAUUCAGGGCAUUUCUGAAUUCUCCUACCGGACCGAAAACCGUGCAUUUCUGGGCACCUAUGAUGAAAUGGGGCUUGGUUAUUGCAGGAGCAGGUGAGAUGAUCCGUCCAGUUGAUAAAGUGUCGGCUACACAGGAAUUAUCGUUAUUCGCUACAGGUGCCAUAUGGACAAGAUGGGCAUGUAUUAUUAAGCCAAAGAACUACUUGCUAGCAUCAGUGAAUUUCUUCCUUGCCGCAGUUGCAAGUGCACAGUUAGUCAGAAUCAGCCGCUGGAGGCGGAGCUUGGGUGAUAGCAAUAAACAGAUACUCGACUACAUUUUUGACCUGAAAUCAAAAGAAGCCAAAACGCAGACAGAGCCAAAGAUAGCAGAGAUCACAAAUCCUGCACCUACGAAUUAG